AUGUCCGCUCCCGCCCACAAAUUCAAGGUCGCCGACCUGUCCCUCGCUGCCUUCGGGCGCAAGGAGAUUGAGCUGGCCGAGAACGAGAUGCCCGGUCUGAUGGCCAUCCGCAAGAAGUAUGCUGCCGACCAGCCGCUCAAGGGCGCCCGCAUCGCCGGCUGCCUACACAUGACGAUCCAGACUGCUGUCCUGAUUGAGACGUUGACUUCCCUCGGCGCCGAGGUGACAUGGUCAUCGUGCAACAUCUUCAGCACCCAGGACCACGCCGCCGCCGCCAUUGCCGCGGCUGGCAUCCCCGUCUUUGCCUGGAAGGGCGAGACCGAGGAGGAGUACAACUGGUGUCUGGAGCAGCAGCUCGUCGCCUUCAAGGACGGCAAGAAGCUCAACCUGAUCUUGGACGACGGCGGUGACCUGACCCACCUGGUGCACACCAAGUACCCCGAGAUGCUCCAGGACUGCUACGGCGUGUCUGAGGAGACCACGACGGGCGUCCACCACCUGUACCGCAUGCUCAAGAAGGGCGAGCUGCUGGUGCCCGCCAUCAACGUCAACGACUCGGUCACCAAGUCCAAGUUCGACAACCUGUACGGCUGCCGCGAGUCGCUGAUUGACGGCAUCAAGCGCGCCACCGACGUGAUGAUUGCCGGCAAGAUCGCGGUCGUCGCCGGCUUUGGUGACGUCGGCAAGGGCUGCGCCCAGGCUCUCCACGGUAUGGGCGCCCGCGUGCUCGUCACCGAGAUCGACCCCAUCAACGCGCUGCAGGCUGCCAUGGCUGGCUACGAGGUGACCACCAUGGAGAAGGCCGCCAAGGUCGGCCAGAUCUUUGUCACCACCACUGGCUGCCGCGACAUUCUGGUCGGCAAGCACUUCGAGGCCAUGCCCAACGACGCCAUCGUCUGCAACAUUGGCCACUUCGACGUCGAGAUUGACGUGGCUUGGCUCAAGGCGAAUGCCCAGUCUGUGCAAAACAUCAAGCCCCAGGUCGACCGCUUCCUGAUGAAGAACGGCCGCCACAUCAUCCUCCUGGCCGAGGGUCGCCUCGUCAACCUCGGCUGCGCCACCGGCCACAGCUCGUUCGUCAUGUCGUGCAGCUUCACCAACCAGGUGCUUGCCCAGAUCAUGCUCUACAAGAACAACGACGCCGAGUUUGGCAAGAAGUAUGUCGAGUUCGCCAAGAGCGGCAAACUCGAGAAGAAGGUCUACGUGCUGCCCAAGGUCCUGGACGAGGAGGUUGCCCGCCUCCACCUUGCUCACUGCAACGUCGAGCUUACCACCCUGACCGAUGUUCAGGCCGAGUACCUCGGCCUGGACGUGGAGGGUCCCUUCAAGAGCGACCACUACCGCUACUAA